AUGAUCGAGAAAGUGCUGGUCAUCGGGGCUCCGCGUUAUUUCAAUCAAAUUUGGAAAAUCGUCAAAGGCUGGAUUGAUCCUGCAACAGCUGCCAAGAUUGAGAUCAUGGAUAGCUCAGACAUCCUGAAAGCGUUGUCGAGUCACAUUGAUGCCGAGAACAUACCCAAACAAUUCGGCGGCACAUUUGAUUUCACGCACGGCAUGCUGCCACGCCCUGAUGCAGGAACACAAGAGGUGCUUGAUCGCGCCCUACCCGGCGGCUCUGUGCCAUUAGCUGGACCUUUCAAAUGGAAGGUCGAUAACUCAUUGGGAAGAAGGAUCAUUCCGGUGGGCUCGGUCCAAGGAACAAGACGAAGAGAAGCAAACGUGUCAGUGGACGGUUGA